AUGGGCCGUGGAAAAAAGUGGCGGCGCGACGAGGACGUGGAAUUAGCUGCGGCGUACACGGCCGUCGCGUCUGCCGGUGUGAAAGAAGGUCCGUCGUUCUGGGACGCCGUUCGAAGCCGCAUCGAGAGCGCGCGGAGCGUGCGGGCGCUGCGCAAUCGGUGGGUCCUCAUGGUGCAAGAAGUGAAGGCGUUCGUCGAGUGCCUCGAUCGACUGGAAGCUGAGGGCGCCAGUGUCCAGGACGUGGCUCUCGAGCGCGCGAUGAGUGACUUCCGAGCGAGGAAAGGCCGAGACUUUGAGUUCCUGAGCUGCUGGGAGAUCGUGCGGAAGAGUGUGGAGGUCAGACGGGGCGGAGACGAGGAGGUCCACGAUGACGUAGGUGAGACGCGGUGCGUGCUUUAUGCUGCAGCUGCAGAGGACGCCAACCCAGUGGAAGCUGCAGCGGUCGUGUCGGAGUUUGUACCUCCUAGUCGAGCUGUUAUCGAGUGCGAGGCUCCGGUGCUAGCGGUGGCUGGGGCCGUGAAGAAGGAGAGUCCGGGGGUUAUGAAGGCACUGGGGUCCGGACUUUCGACAAAAGGAGGCGCAAGUGCUGCUGGGUUGGAGGUGGCAACGACGGACGACAACUUGACUGUUGUGCAGCAGCAAUUGGUGAGUGAGAUGCGUCGGAAGAACGACCUGCAGGAGGACGAGCUGGCGCUCAAGUUGUUUAGUGAAGGCCACGAGUCGGACGAGUCGCAGCAGUUUUUUAAGCUGCUGAAGAGGAAGAAGUUGCUGUUGCUGGAGAAAGAAGUGGACGAGCUGGAGAGGGGGCAGCAGCGGCAGAGGCAGCGCACGGAGUAUCCGACUGGGGAGAUCUAA